AUUAUUCAUAAUCUUUUAUUGUACAAUAUGAAGUGCAGUAAAAUAGUCAAUUUGGUUAACGUGCAAUUAUUUAUGGAAGUAAAUAUUUAACGUUAAUGGAAAUAAAUAUUUAAUAUUAAUAACAGUAAUAUAAUUUUUACAAUGGGCAUUUUAGUCAAACGAAUUACUAGUAUAUUAAGAAUAACGUCUAGAACUCCUUGUAAGACUUACAAACGAUCAUUUACAGUCUGUGUAGAAGGUAAUAUUGGAAGUGGGAAAACUACCUUUUUAAAUCAUUUCAAAAGUUAUGAUAAUACAGUUGUCUUACAAGAACCAGUUGAACUAUGGCGCGACGUUGCAGGAGUAAACCUAUUAGAACUUAUGUAUAAGGAUCCAAAACGUUAUGCUUUCAUAUUCCAAUCUAAUGUACAAUUGACAAUGCUUCAAUUGCAUACUUAUAAGACACAAUUACCUUACAAAGUCAUGGAGAGAUCAGUUUACUCUGCAAGGUUAUUUAUAGAAAACAUGAAACGUAGUAAAAUAUUACAAGACGUUGAAGUUGUAGUAUUAGAAGAGUGGUUUGACUGGUUUAUAAAAAAUGCUAACAUAGAAACGGAUUUAAUAAUAUAUUUAAGAACCAGUCCAGAAAUUGUUAACCAAAGAAUGCGUAUAAGAGCUCGUAAGGAGGAAAAUUUGGUGUCAUUAGAAUACCUGAAACGUAUUCAUGAAAUACAUGAUGAAUGGCUACUAUACCAAAGCUUGUUCUCUUUGCCAGCACCAGUUAUUAUAUUAGAUGGAAAUAAGAGUACUGAAGAGAUGGUAAUUGAAUUUGAAAAAUGCAAAAAUGUAAUUUUUACUCAACGAAAAGAAAGUGAAAAUUGAAUAAUAAGUGCAACUACUGCAGCCACAUGUUAAAAAAAAUAAAAACAGUAGAUAUGCUAAACGAAGAAAUAAAAGGGAAAAAGAUACUGCUAGAGACACAAAUAGGAUUCAGGAAAAACAGAAAUACAAUAGAAAACAUAUAGAUCUAACAGCAUAUGAUAGAAAAGAAAUUAAAUAAAGAAAGAGAGAAUUAAUGGCAUUUCUUAGAUUUAAGAACACCAUUUAAUACAGUAAACAGAGAAGUACUGAGAAAGUUAAAGGGAAAGGCAGAAAUAAGAAGGGACCUAAUUUAGAGAAAAAGGAAAUUUUCAUAGAAAUAAAAAACAAGAUAAAAAUAGUUUAAGAGAAAAGUCAGAAAACUUCUAAAUAAAUGAAGAAGUUUUGCAAGAAUGCCUCAUGAGAUCAAAUCUUUUUACAAUACUGAUUGUAGAUUUAAAAGAAAUAUUAAGGAAAAGAUAAGAAAAAACGAAUGGCGUGUA